AUGAAAACAUCUUUAUACUACACUCUCUCACUAGCAUGUGCUAUAAAUCUAUCAAAUAGUCGAAACGUUGAAGCCGGACUGAACGGGCACGUGGGCCACGUGCCAUGGAUACCGAGUGCGAACACACACAGACGCGCGAUCCAGAGGACACCUAUAAACACAGGUACAAGAGUUGGCACGUCUCGCUGGCCGUUUCUAUUUCCGGUCCCUGGUUUGAAAUCAUGGAACAUUUUGUGGCACACACUUUGGGACGGUGUUAACCGAGAGAAGCCACCCUGCAAGUACUUCCACCCCCCGCAGCAUCUUAAGGAUCAGCUGUUGAUUAACGGUCGGAAUCAUCUAGCACUAAAGAACGCCCUGAUGCAGCAGAUGGGCCUUACGCCGGGCCAGGUGCUCCCUGGCCAGGUCCCAGCCGUUGUAAGUCCAUCUUCAAUAUAA